GCAUAUACGCCGGGUUGAAUCGCUACUCAAGCCACUCGUUCACUGCCGUGUAGUGUAAUCCAACUUAGUUCAUCUUCCACUUCCAUAACUCGCAUUUCCUUCUCCUCAGUUUUGAUCAGAGUCCUCGUAAUCCUCUGCGCGCGUUAGCAAAUCCAAUUUUGAAAAAAUAGUGUAUAAUGGAAUACCUUCACGAGUCCCAAGAUGAAAUGGAAUCCUUACCCCUCGACGAUGGCCCAUCUCAGCCGUCCGUAUCGGGUUCGGGUGUUAUGGACCGGCGGAGCUCCGAAUCGACUGUCAACUCUAUACUCGACCCACCUUCGUACGCCGACGCCAUAUUCAUGUCCUUCGACUCAUCAUAUUCGGGAAAUGGACAUCGAAGUCCCCGAUUCGGAUCGAAAUCGGACUCGGACGGCGGAUCCGAGUUCUUGAAAGUAUGGGUUUCAGAGCCCCGAAAGGAGCAUGAACUAGCCAAUGGGUUGGUCCCGGGUGGAACCACUUUCUACACGUACUUGAUCACGACGAGUACGAACAUGCCCGAAUACGGCGGACCCGGAUCGGAAUUCAGUGUGCAGAGGCGUUUCAAGGAUGUGGUGACUUUAUCGGACCGGUUGACGAAGUCGUACAAGGGGUACUUUGUUCCAGUACGGCCUGACAAGGGCGUGGUGGAGAGCCAAAUGAUGCAAAUGGAGCACUUUGUUGAGCAAAGAAGGGUUGCGUUGGAUAGGUACUUGAAGAGAUUGACGGCGCAUCCAGUGAUUCGCAAGAGUAAGGAGCUGAGAGAUUUUUUGGUGGUUCAGGGGAGGCUGCAGCUGGCGAAUAGCCUAGACAGGUCGAGCGAGGUGAUGGGGCAGACGGAGGUGGCUGUGCAACCUCCUAAGGCCGGCAGGGACUUGUUGAGGAUGUUCAAGGAGUUAAGGCAGUCGGUGGUUAAUGAUUGGGGCAGAGUCAAACCUAUGGUGGUUGAGGAAGAUACGGAUUUCUUGGAGAAGAAGGAAUGGCUUCUUGAGUAUGAGCAACACCUUAGCAAUCUAUCUGUACAGGCUGAGUCUCUUGUAAAAGCUCAACAAGACAUUGGAGAUACAAUGGGGGAUUUGGGAUUGACAUUAGUGAAAUUAACCAAGUUUGAGACAGAAGAAGCCGUGUUGGACUCACAGAGAGUAAGAGCUACUGACAUGAAAAAUGUGGCAACUGCUGCUGUCAAAGCAAGUAGAUUAUACGGGGAGUUGAACACGCAAACAGUCAAGCACUUGGAUAAACUCCAUGAUUAUCUAGGAAUAAUGUUAGCUGCAAACAUUGCAUUUUCAGAUCGAUCUAGCGCUUUACUUACAGUUCAGACUCUAUCAGCUGAGUUAGCUUCCUUGCAAUCUAGGAUUGAGCAGCUUGAAACUGCCUCGUCCAAAAUAUUUGGUGGGGACAAAUCAAGGAUGCUCAAAAUAGAGGAGUUAAAUAAGACUGUCAGAGUUACUGAGGAUGCUAAAUCCUGUGCAGUCAGGGAGUAUGAACGGAUUAAGGAAAAUAACAAAACUGAGCUUGAAAGGCUUGACAUAGAAAGACACAACGACUUCAUGGGCAUGGUGAGAGGAUUUGUUCUUAAUCAGGCAGGAUAUGCGGAGAAGAUGGCCAAUGCAUGGGAAGAACUAGCCCGGGAAACUAGUGGAUACAUUAAAGAUGGUAGCUGAGAACUCAACUGUGAAUUUUUUGUUUUUAGCUUUCUCUUUCCGUAAAUGUACAUAGGCAAAAAUUGAAGCUGACAACACCGUUGUGAUAUACGACAUGUGCUGACAAGAAUCAUUACCAAUUAGAUAGAAUUGAAGCUGACAACACCGUUGGUAGCUGAAGGAACCCCUUCAUUCCAUUUUCAGAACAUUCUUUAGUUGACGACUACGGGAUUGACAUGCCUUGUUUUGUUACCAAUUAUAAUGUCAAAGAAAACUUAGCAAAAUUCAAACUUGACCAUAUACUGCAUUAUUAUUUGAUACUUUUUGUAAGAUUCAAUUGCAGUAUUUUAGUUAUCUCAAGAACCAUGCCGUUAUGUACUUAUUUAAAGGCGAAAUUGAAGUUCGGUUUUACCA